CGCACAUACGUAAAUGGACUUAUUAUGCAUGCGCCUUAGGGUAGUCGUAAAAAAGUAUUUCGAUUAUUUCCUGAGACAUAGAGCAACUGACAAUUGAUAGGAAAGCCUCAAAGUUUUACGUAUCAAUAAUGCAGUUGUGAUGAAAAAGGGGGUUGUGGGUCCGGUUGCGAUGGGAAAGACCAAGCAAUUAUCUAAUGAACAGACUGCUAAGCCAGAUAAAGAGGAUGAUUGUUGUGGCUGCUGCUUGGACUCGUGUCGAGGGAUUUUUAACCCAGUCCUGCGCAAGAUUCACACUCUCCUUGACGAGCAACCUACGAAAAUCCCCGUGGAUGAGAAAGCAUUGCAGUGGCACGAGCGUGCGAGGUGCUCUCGUAUCUCACUGGUGAUGCCUUUAGUUUCUAUUCUAUUGUAUUUGAGUGAUUUUGGUAUGGAUGCGUCCGUGGCGUAUGAUUUCUACAAGGCUGGAGAUGUGGUGUGGUGCGCCAUUAUGGUGGGAAUACUGUUAAUCUCAUCAGUGGGCUUGCAGGCGGUAUCUGCGUUCAGACUUCAGGAAGACAAUACUAACCCAGACAGAGGUACGAAGGAAUGGAUGGAAGACGAACUGGAGAUCAAGACUACAAGGCGCACUUACAUUCUACACAUACUUCAGCUAGGGCCCGUAGUCAGAAACUGGAGAAUCUUUAGGACAGUUCGCAAGAUCCGGAACCUAGACAAUACCGAUAAAGACGAACAAACGAAGUGGAUCAUCCAGGCGUUGUAUGCAAAUCAGAAACUAGACAUGUCAUUAUUAGAUGUGAUCUCUUCCUUCCUCGAGGACGCGCCCAUAUUUUUGCUCCAAACCUACAUCGUUCUUCUCACCCGAAGAGAGUUCACUUGGACUUUUGCCGAGAUCAAACUCGUCUUUAAUACCUUCAAAUCUGUAGUGAUGCUCGCAAAGGCACUGAAAGCUUACCGCUUCAAUCUUCACUUCUUUGACAUCAGCCGAGCGCCCCUCCCCAUGUGCGCAAGUCUUGGACUCUUCGCCUGGUCCUUCUUCAUUCUAAUAGCCCGUGUUUUAGUCUUGGCGCUAUUUGCCACCACUUUCAAGGCUUGGAUAGCUCUGGUUUUUGCCCUCGACAUUAUGAUAUCCUAUCUCAUUUUGUUCAAUCAAGAUUGCAACUACUUCCCAAAUAGCAAGCUCAAGCUUAACCUAUUCAAGCUCUUUUUGGCGUACGUACAUCUCUUUGCUUUUUUUCACUUGGAGGGUAGGCAAAUGCGCCGAUUUGCAUACCCAUAUUACGCUUUUGCUUUCUUCGAGAACGUGAUCCUUAUGUUGCUUUGGGGUCUUUGGACCAAUCAGAGCAUGGUAUUUAUCAUAGUCGCAUCGUCCAUAGCAGGACUGACGUUUCCAGUUGGCUUGCUUGUGAUGAUGUUGUACUACGCGUGUCCCGGAUGCUGUCAUCCUCUUAGCAGAACAGAAGAAGAUUAGCCAGAACACAAUUGUGAACCGGAAGUGGACGGUGGAUCGACUGGGACCGAGAUGCAGCCUAUAAUGACGACAGCGGCUGUGUAGCGAACCCAUGCGCGUGUAAGGUUGAUGCAGACAACCCUCGUGCCUUGGGUCUUCUUGGUAAUUUUCAAUAUGGCGCCUAGCUGACGAAGACGCCAUAUUGAAAAUUACCCAGAAGACAUUACACUAAAAUACAGUACCGGUACUCUCUGCACUUAAAAACAGUACCCACUAUGCACUAAAAAGCGGUAUCCACUGCAUAAAAUACACUGCACUAAAAUACAAUACCCACUGCACUAAAAAAAAUACAGUCUCACAAUAUGUAUAUAGUUAAAAUAAUACUUAUAACCCUACACUACCUAACAUCAACGACAUAAUCCGUAGAAAUUACAACCUACUCUCGUCUAAGCGAUGCCAUAAGGUUUUCACUGAGCCCCCUCUUGUCGCCUUUCGCUGCUCACCCAACCUCCGCGACAUCCUCGUUAAAGCCAAGCUACCUUCCGACCACUCUAACACCAACAAACCUCCCGGUGCUUUCCGUUGCGGAAAAAACUGCCUAACCUGCCCCUAUAUUAGAACCGAUGGCCUGACAAGCUACACAUUUUUCUCAACAGGUGAAACACGACCUAUAACCUCCCACUUAACCUGCAAUACUAAAAACGUGAUUUAUAUGAUUCAAUGUAACCGCUGUAGCCUUCAAUAUAUUGAAGAAACUAAACGCAAAUUAAAAGAACGCUUUAAUGACCACCGCAGAACUGUAGACUCCCAAUCUCGAUUCAUACUAACCCACGCCGCUGAACACUACCUAUAACCUAACCACACCGCUUCUGACAUAGAGCUCAUACCUAUUGUAAAAAUAAGAAAUAACCACGACUCCAUCCGCAAAGCAAGAGAAGCCACACUGAUAGCUCGCGCUGGCACUCUUGAACCCGGUGGCCUCAACCGGCGUGAAGAAACCGUUUAGCUGUUUAGUAAUCCACACUACCCUAUUUACCAUAUUCCAUAAGUUACUCCUUACUCAAUUACUAUUUUUACCUUUUGUUAGUUUUAACAAAAAAAAAUCAUCAAUGGACUUUGUACAUAUACUAGCUGUAACAUGCCAUUGUAACUCAUUUUUAACCUGAAGCCGAAAUAUCGUUCGAAAAAACAUAAACCUGCGUUGUUGUCGACAUUUUCUCUUUUAAAGGUUUUAUUAAAAUAAUUGAAUCAAUCAAAAUACCCAAAUAGUCGUGUUCGUAUAAGUAUGAUUCCCAAAGGCAAAGACUGAUAAUUGACUAGUUUUUAAUACAAGACUUCUUUAGGGCAGAAGUGUAAUUCAUCAGCAUUAUUGAUUUACAUUUUUCCUCUUUGAGCAAAUAAAUGUCAUGCUGUCACGCUAUAUCAAAAAUCUAAAAUACAGUCCAGAAUUGUCCAACUCACCUCUUACUGUACUAUAUGUAUACAAUAUUAUAGGACAUUUUCGCGACACUUUAUUUUCGUGAAAAAUCGCGAAAUUCGCGCAAUUAACGUGACGCGAAAAAAAAGUGUAAUAAAGUACUAGCACUUGUUAAAUAAAUUUGCUAACUUGG